UCACGUUAGACAUAUUAUUGGCAGAUACACCACUAGAAAAUAUCACUAAAAGUACAUGAGAUAUUGUUUAGGUUUUUUUUAUUUUAUUUUAUGAGCACCAACCAGCCGUCAUAUGGGAAUUGUGUGAAACAAGAUUAUUUGUGAUUAAUAAGUGAUAUAUGUAUGUAUGUAAACGAUAUACGGAAUAACGCAAAAAAAUUCUUUAGCAAAAAUGUUAAAGACAAUAUUUCGAAAUCCUAUAAAAUUGUGAUGAGAACGGCAUCCUAAAUAUACAAAAAACUUCAACUGGAAUAAAAUUUACAAUUUCUGUUAAAAACUUACAAAGGCGAUAUUGUGUGGUGGCGUUGCGAGUGUGUUACAUGUGUUAAACGAUCACACUAAAAAUGGUUAUUUUAAGAACGUUUUUAAAAAAAAUUAUGAUAUGAAGGGACAUAGAAAUGAUGAAACCGAAAUCAAAAUAAAUAGUUAUAAUAAGCAAAUAACUCAAAAUCAUAAAAGACAAACAUCAUCUUCAGAGACUAAUAUGGCAAACACAAUUUCCAUAAUGUCCAACGCCAUACGCAACGCAGUGAGCAAACAACGUAUACGCUAUAAGGAGAAAGGAUUUAACUUGGAUCUAACCUAUAUUUGCUCUAAUAUUAUUGCGAUGGGAUAUCCUGCUCCGGAUAAAAUAGAAGGCAUUUGGAGAAAUCGCUAUGAGGACGUGUUAAAGUUUUUAGAUGAAAAUCACGGUGAUCAUUACAAAAUCUACAAUUUGUGCAAAGAACGCAAUUACGACAAAAGUAAAUUUCACGGGAGAGUUGCAAUUUAUCCGUUUGAAGAUCAUAAUCCUCCCACAAUUGAGUUAAUACAACGUUUUUGUCAUGAUGUUGAAUCUUGGCUAAAAGCUGAUUUGCUCAACGUUGUCGCCGUGCACUGCAAGGCAGGUAAAGGACGAACUGGUACCAUGAUAUGCGCAUACUUGGUGCAUUGUAGAUUCAAGAAAACCGCUGACGAAGCACUCGAUUGGUAUGGUGAAAAGCGUACGAAAGAUCGAAAGGGGGUUACAAUUCCAUCUCAACGUAGAUAUGUUCAGUAUUAUUCAAAGUUGAUCCCAGAUUUGCGGUAUAAAGUUACAAGUCUUUACGUCUGUGAAAUUCGAUUUGCGGACACGAAUUUUUUGCAUAAUCUUGGCCCAUUGCAAUGCUCGAUUUGGGACAUGCAGGACUCCGCAACAGAAAAAGCUAAGGCACAACAACUGAAGACGUGGCAACUUGAUUUCCAGCAAUCUUCUAACUUGGAUUUAAGUAGCUCACCACUUUUAGUUUCUGGUGAUAUUAAAGUGGAACUUGCAAAAAUAUCAUCGGAUAAGAUCAUUUGCCACGCCUGGAUGAAUACAUUCUUUGUGCAAAGUAGUUCUGAUUGUGAAACCGAUGGAACGAACGUCAAAUAUAUGUAUACUUUAAACAAGUCCGAAAUCGAUGGUGCCCAUAAGGACAAAGAUUACAAGUUUUCGGAGGGCUUUAAGAUCUCGAUUGUAUUUGAAGGAGAGAAACGUUCCGACUGCAUACAAACUGAACCCUCAGUGAAUAAUCGAAACAAUAAUCGAAACUCGGAUAAUUUGCCUGGUGACAAUGAUAGGAAUCUAAACAGUGAGGGUUCUGAUUUCAACUCUCCGUCCUCAAGUCGUUUCUUCGAACGUAAUAAUGGUCCAUUUCAUGCCAAUGAUGAGAAAAGUGCAACUCGAUCUCAACAAUUGGAGCAAAAUGGGAAACAACCUACAAAAAAUCAAUAUGAAAAAUCAACCAUCUCAAAAUGUUCUGCGAUGCCAUCGAAACGCAAACAGUCUUCAUCCAAAUCGUUCUUAGUAAGCGUUAAUAAUACCUCAUCAAGCAAGGACAUCAAAAAGCUGCAUAUUUUCAACCACCAACCGUCCGUUACACAAUCCUCCGGUUCAAUCAAGUGGCAAAACGAUUCCAAUAUUCAAAACAUGUAUGACAACUCCUCAGAUAAUAAUAGUCCACACAUAUUCGAUCGUUGCAAUAUUCCUAAGCCUACUACUACUACAUCUACUGCUGCUACAGCUAGAGCUGCAUCUGCAUCUGAUAAGAUCUUCGAACAAGAGUCAUACAUUACUUGUAAGCGAUUGCCGCAAGAUUUUAAUAACCAGGGUGGUAGUGAAGAAGGCAAUGAGGAUUGGGAAUCCGGCAAUAUAUUUGUCGAAACCAACCAGAUUUGAUUAUUUCUCGUACAGCUACCAAAGGAACGCUUGGUCGAAAGAAAUUUUGAAAAGAAACAAACUGAAACUGAAACAGAAACAGAAACGGCAAGCGAAAAGAUUUUGUUUCUGAAGAAAAUAUUUAAAUUCAACGUUUGACUAACCAUCGAUUAUUAUAUAGUUUAUCGUCGUGCUAGGCAAUUCUAAUAAAUUAAGUUCAGACUAUUAUAUCGAAUAGCUGGCAAAUAAGAUUGUAAAUUAAGAACUACAAAUUGUUAAAAUUACCUUACCGAUUGUAGAUUGUAACUUUUGCGAGUUUGGUGUGUCUCUUUGCAAGUGAUUAGAAUUUGUAUAGAUAUUAGAUAUGUAUGUGAAGUUAGGGUAUCUCAGAGCUGAGUACAGGGUAAUUCGCAGACGAAGCAUCCCGACUGCAAUGACCAAUUGCUGAUUCGCGAUCAAAUAUUUUGAUCCCCUUCGACAUAGCAUAGCUAUAAUGAUUAAUUAUUUAUCUAUACUAUUGUUAGAUUCUACUGCAAUAGCCUUUUACAUUGCCAUUGCUUUUUUCCAUACAUUGUAAAAUCGUAUUUUUUUUGUCUAAUUUUUAAUAUAUUUAAGUAAUAAAGAGCAGUCUCGAAAAGUGUGAUUGUCGCAAAAAUGCA